AUGCAUCCGUCGUCUGAACUUUCACAAGAUUCUCAGCACAUACGGCUCAGAGUUUUUGUGUCUCAGGUGUUGCUGUGUUUGUCUGCGCUGUUUCCUGUUGUCUUGAUGGGCACUGAUGAGGUGCAGUCAGAUUGUUUUCGUGUCAAAGACUGCUCUGACAUUUAUGAAGGUGGACAUACUACCAGUGGCGUGUACACCAUCACCACAGUAGAUGGACCGGUGCAGAUCUACUUUGAGAUGGUCUCCGACGGAGAAAAUGACCAAGGACACUGGACGGUGUUUCUCAGGCGAAUGGACGGAAAAGUGAAUUUCAAUAGGCCGUGGGACAGUUAUAAAAAUGGUUUUUAUUUUUAUGUAUGUACUUAUGUACUGAGUGUAGAGUUUCUUCACCAACUCACACGCAGAUAUCGGUAUAAACUCAGAGUAGAUUUGGAGGACUUUGAAGGGCAAAAAGCUUACGCCGUGUACGAGUCCUUCUCUGUGGACUCUGAGGCUAAUGGGUACAAACUGCAUGUGAGUAGCUUUGUAGAUGGAGGAGCAGGUGACUCUUUGUAUUAUCACAAUGAAAUGAAGUUCUCCACGUUUGACAAAGACCAAGACCGUGCAGGAGACAACUGUGCUCUGAAAUAUCAAGGAGCAUUUUGGUACAACAAAUGUUAUUACACAAACCCCACUGGUGACUAUAUGUGGGAGAAAGAAGGGAAGGGAAAAAAUACUGGAGCCACUUGGUACUACUGGAAGAACAACUGGAAUUCUCUGAAGUCCAUCACCAUGAAGAUCAGACGUGUAAAGUAGAAAAUAUUUCAAAACAUGAAGAAACCUCAAAUAUGAAAUAGCGUCACUCACAUUGUCUUGUAUGAAAAAAGAAAGAAAUAUAGAUAGAUAGAUAGAUAGAUAGAUAGAAUUUAACAUUUUGAAUUCAAAAAGAAGUUGAAAAAUACUUUGUUAUUUUAAAUAAUAAUGUGUUGAAAUUGGGUUCACAAGCUUUUUUUUUUAAGCUUUUCUGCACCAGCACAACCUCUGUGUCCCACUGCAGCAACUAA